UAUUGCCAAUUCCCAUCUGAGUUGCAACUAAACUCCAGUUAAUACCACUAGGCGGCAACUCCUUCUCCACGAAAGCCACUACCUCACGACUCAGGCUCGUGAGAUCAAAUCCAUUCUCUCCAGAUAACCUCGAUAACCACCAAGCGGGUCAUACCCAUCUUCAAGCGGUUAGUCGACGAGUCUCGACUCUUGACACGCUGUACUUCUUUAUAGAGUGAAUGUGCUUUUCCAACUGCAGGACCGACAGCCACAAGUAUGCGCGAUGCGGGACCAUGCUUCCACGCAGCCGGUGGCCUGAGUCGCCCAUAUUCAAACGUCCCAGUUCGCAACGCCAACGACCAACACUAAGACGCGUCAUUGAAGCCCAUGGUCCUGCGCGAACUGUCACCGUUGCGACGAAGUCAAUGAACCAUCAACUAGGCGGACGCCUCCUCAUAUAUUCUACCAGUCUUGACACUCCUAACUAUAGACACGGCACACUUCGAUGCACCGGCACUAGGUCUAGCCUUAGUCUUCCAGGGUAUGGGGAUGAUAGCGUGGGAGGCCAAUCACCAACUUACGAAAACGCGCCAUGGUCCGCGACCAUUGCCGCAUUCGUCCGUCUGUGGCAGGUUGGGAGGCCAGACUCAGGCGCUCGUAUACGGGAGCUGAGCCUUUUUCGAGUUUCAGCAGCUGCGCCUCACAGAGGGAUCUGCAUCUGAAGCGCUAGAAGCAACGGCGCAUGGACGGAAACCCAGUUCCCACGCUACGCAAGUGCCUCUCCCGUCCGUCUGUUGGGAAAUCAUAAUUAUCCAUU